UUUAUUUUUUGAACUAGUAUCUUAAUAAUAGGCAGUUUUGGGUUCCAAUAAAUUUGUUUGACUUUACAAGAUAAGUGGGUACAAAUUACACGUAAGAGAUAUUAUUUUGCUCAAUAUCACAUAAUGGGAAUCAUACAUUUAACCAAACUAUAAUGCAGUUUUUAUCUACAGUUAUUCAACAAUAACAGGAAUUUGACCUAAUGGUUAAGGCACCAGGCUACAAACAAGGAGUCUGUGUGUUCUUGGUCCAGUGACACUCUCUCAGCCCAAGGAAGGAAUAUUAGGUAUCGUCACCAUCUUAAGUUAUUUAUAAAAACAAUAACCGUGAUAUAAAUAAAUAAAUAUAUUGUAAGCAUAAAUUCAGCAUUGAUUCAACUAACUCAGAAAAACUAGCUGUGUUUAGAAACUCAUUGUUAGAUCUGUUUAAAUUGUUUCUUUGUACCAUUCUAAGGUUUUCCUGCCAUCCCGAUGCUGAAACCCUUAACAUGCUAAAAUUCAAGAUUGCCCAAAAGUGCUUGGAGGCAUUUGUGGUUUAACCCAGUCUUUUCCAAUGUGAGGUUUCCCAGAUGCAGUAGGAUUUCUCCUCACAGCAUUACCAACUUGUGGAAGCCGAACCUCAUCACAUCUGGAGGACAACAGGUUGGGAAGACAGCUUAAAUCUCCUUUGGAUUCAGAGCAGACGGAAUUCAUUGAAGACUGGAAAGGCAUUUAUUUGUACUGCUGAACUGAACACAUCCCUUUUCCAAUUAUUGUUUUUGGCUCAUAAGGGAAGAAAAAACAUUUUAGAAGAUAAAGAAGAUGCCCAGUGAAAGAGUUCAGAGUAACUGUGGGCCAGAAGCCCACAUUUCUGGGGAGAGCAAGAACAAGGGGCAGAGCUCUCCUUGCAAUUCCUUACAUAGAGCUGUGGCUACAGCUGUGACCUUCGAGGGAGAAGUCAGCACUGAAAAAAGAAAAAAGAGGUGGAAAGAGUCCAGGCCAGAAUCAAUCAUCGUUUAUCGGUCAGGGACGGAAAACAAGGUGGAAGAACAGGCAGAAGAGGAUGGGGGUGAGAAAACUUCCGAGGAAGGCUCCAAAUUUUUGGGACAUACUCUAGGAGAUGGUUCCUGGGCUAUACCUUUAGAUAGCAGGUAUGUUACUUUAACUGGAACCAUCACAAGGGGAAAGAAGAAAGGACAGAUGGUCGACAUCCAUGUUACACUCACCGACAAAGAGCUGCAAGAACUGGCUCGGUCAAAGGAGCUUCCAAAAACAGAAAUGCCUCAAACGAAGGCUUGUGAAGUUGGGAUGGAUAAAGGCCCCCACAUUCUUCUCUGGAGCCUUGCCUGCCUCCCUAUUAUCUUCAUUAUGUCCUUUAUUGUUUCCUUUUACUAUGGGACCAUUACUUGGUACAAUGUCUUCUUGGUGUACAACGAAGAGAGGACCUUUUGGCACAAAAUCACCUUCUGCCCAUUUCUGAUUAUCUUCUAUCCUAUCUUCAUCAUGGUGGUUUCUUUCUCUCUGGGCGUUUAUACAGCAAUAACUCAAGUCUCCUGGGCCUUUGGAGAUUGGUGGCAUGCGGUGAGGGAUAUGGAGAAAGGAUUUUGUGGCUGGCUCUGUAGCAAGGUGGGCCUGGAAGAUUGCUCUCCAUAUAGCAUUGUCGAGUUGCUAGAUUCAGAUAAUGUCUCAGGGAGUCUGUCAGCCAAAGGUUCAACACAGGGUGAAGAGGUUUCGGCUGUCUGAGUCUUUGCAUUAGGAGAUUAUGAAUAUACACUAACUGAUUGUUUAAAGCAUGCACAGAAACUCUGAUGCCAACUCGAGUGUUUGGAAAUAAGACCACAUAUUGGUCAUUUCUGCAUAGUAUGUCAACAUGAAAUACUCAUUUCCAUUUCUGUGGAAGAUGAUCUUUUUUGUAUGAAGCAGGCAUGGCCUGUAGAAAGAUUCUAGCCCAGCUGAAUUUUUCUAUGUCUUGCUAAUAUUGAAUAUGAUGUGCUUUGGAUACAGCCAUAGGCUCCAAGGAAGAGAUGCAUGUUUGAUGCCUAGAAAAUCUCUCUGCACAUCUAAAAAUUAAGAGCAAUUUUUAGCAAGGCUGGGUUGAAGACUUUUCUCUGGUCAGCUUGUUUUCUGGAUUUUUAUGAGAUCACAUAUUUAAUUUUAGGCUCCUGCCUAGAAUGAAACAAUUCCACCCAUUUUCUACUUGUCUGUAUGAACCAAGGGAAUCAUGAAAUAUCAGUAUGCUGGAGAAGAAUGUCCUAUUCCUUGUUAGAAUGAAUAUGGUUAAUUAGCUUAUGAGUUUAGCUAGUCUGAUCAAUUUCAGUUGGACAGUAUUAAGGAGGAUAAUAGAGCUGGGCUGCAGGCAUUUGGCUAACCAUUGGAUUGUAAAAGGUUACAGAAAAAUGUAUUUCUUCGCUGCCAUCUAGUGUUUUUCUGAAUUUUUAGCAGUCCAGAAGUUAUUGUGAUUGCUUCUGUGGGAAAAGAGUAGUACAAAGAGAAAACAGAGUCCAAAAUUUGCUGAUUUUUCACAAAUAUUUCAUUGUGGACAUUCUUGUCCCAUCUUCAAACAAUGGUAGACAAAUGCUGAUAGCUGAAAUGCAUUUAACUGAGAGUGAUUCCUGUUGGGUGUAAGAAUUCACAGCUUGCCUUAUAAAUUAGAACCACAAAUAUGAUUUUCAUGAAAGAAGCCAUGAACCUAACAUAUAUAAAGAUACGUGAAAUCUGCUUCCCAUUUUAUCCUCUUUCAAUUUCAACUGCCAACUGAAUUUUAAGGCAAUAUAUUGUUGGUUAUAGGGUGUCAGCGUGCACAUCUGAUUUAAUAUGUGAGCAGAAAGCCAAGGUGAAUUUUAAUUAAUUAAUGAAAGCAAUAAUUAAAUCAAGUAAAGUAUCUAGAGCAGAUGUGUCAAACACCCGAGGGCCGGAUCCGGUCCGUGUGGUGCUUAGAUCUGGCCCAUGGAAACAGUGAAGGACCGACCUACGAUGCCUCUACCAGCGAAAACGGAGCUCG